AUGGGAGCUGGGCUGGCGCCGCGGGGGGCCAACGGCGCGCUGCUGGCUGCGACGCAGGCGGCUAGGGGACAUGCUGCUGCUGGCGGUGGGAACAAAGGGGUGAAUGAGGGCGGCUCGGCUGCGGCGGCGGUGGGGGCUGGGACUGGGUCUGGGUCUGGGUUGGACGGGGGUCAUGGGCAUGGUGGUGGGCUGGUUGGGCAGAGGGUGCUGGACUUGCAUGCGGGUAGUGGUAGUGGGGGUGGUGGCAGCACGCUGCUUCCACCUCCGGCUGGGAGGUCUGGCGCCGAUGGCGGUGGUGGUGGUGGUGGCAGGAAGAGUUCGCCCUCGCUCAUUGCGGCUACGCUGGCGGCUAGUAGGUCGGUUUCGCCUGCCAGGGGCCCGAUUCCGCAGUUGGAUUUAAACGGCGGUGGUGGGAAAGUCACGCGGAAGAGGGGACAGAGUGUGGGUGCUGCGAGUGUGAUAGUUGGUUCGGUGGGGCCGAGGCACGAAGCAGAGGUCCUGGAUACGGCGUCUAUUCCGCCGACUACCUCUCUAGUGUCGUUGUUUGAGGGCAAAAGGGAGGCGAACGAUGUGGACCCUGUUAAGAAGAGGGCACCGUCGGUAAGGAGGAAGGACAUGGAUACGGAGGAACAGGCGCGGAAAGAGAGAGCAUCACAAGAACCGCAGAAGGUCAAACCGAAACCCGUACCCAAGCCGAAACCGAAACCAGAGGUGGCUACAGAUGUCGCUGUUCCGAAAUCGUCCGAUGAUGCACAUGGCGCUUCAGAGGGGACCAGUCGGCUUGGGGGUACUGGAAGAAGCGGACAUGGUGAUGAGAGGGGCCGCGCGGAGGCAAAACCAUCCCAACGCCGUGCCAGGAGCCAACACAGCGAGCACAAACCGGCCAAGAAACCGAAACCUGCACAGCAUCGCCCCCCGACACCCCCGCCAUCCCUUCCCACCCGAAGUCCCUCAAACCACGUCGUCUCGCAGCCGAAGAGGGUCGCCAAAACACCACGCCUAGAACCCCCAACUCCACCGGUAAAAACAUCGACUAUCGCUAAAAUGGCGGAACCGAUCGUUCAAGUCACACCCGUCGAGCCAGACAUAGACCAGGUCGACGUAUUUCAUCACCAAGACCGGAAUCCAAAGCCGCGACAAGUAUCACAGGGUUCAACUUCGUCCAACGACUCGUUUGUUUCAGCUUCUUCUGUACCGUCAGGGGCCGUAUCGCCGGUUAGGGAAGUAGAGAGUACCCCACGACGCCCAGCCCCGCCGGCACGAAGCCCUUCGUCCCGAUCAAUCUCGACGCCCAACCCACCGCGACAACAGGCGUCACACCCAUCAACGCCCAACCUCACACUCAGCUCCCUCACCAACGCCAUGAUGGCGAGCAACCUCGCCUCUGCCCGCCUCACCCCAACGACACCCUCCCAGCCCCCUCCUCUCCCAGCGCCCCGCCGAUCUGGCCGGAGCCCUUUGCAACCCCACCACACCGCCGACAGCAUCGGCUCGCAGCUCACAGGCGGAAGUAAAUCCCCGAACCAUGCCGCCCAUCAACAAAAACAACGGACGGGCAUGCUCCAAACCCUGCGAAGCCCGCACGCCUCGCUCUCCGACGACGAAGACGCCCGCCGCCAGCACCACCACCGCCGACGCAGCAAGGUCCUCAGCGGUGGCAACCGCAAGCAUGCACACCACGAAGGCUCGCGGCGCCGCUGGCGCGACGAGAUCACAGCCCGCGAGCGCAAACGCUACGAGGCCGUGUGGGCGAGUAACAGGGGCCUGUUCCUGCGGCCCGGGUGGGCCGCGCAGUACCAGAACACCACCACCGCCACCACCGGCGGCGCCUCCCCCACUCAGCAGGGCCACGGACCCGGAACGGGCGAGGAAACGCAGCACCAAACCCGCGACCAAGCCGUCGAGGCCAGCCGGGCCAGCCACGGCGCCGAGGCGGAGCUGGUGGUCAACGUGGUGGCGCGCGACAUCUGGAGCCGCAGCCGGCUGCCGGCGGACGAGCUGGCCGAGGUGUGGGACCUGGUGGACCGCGGCGCCCGCGGCGCCCUCGGCCGCGACGAGUUCGUCGUCGGCCUGUGGCUCAUCGACCAGCGCCUGCGUGGCCGCAAGAUCCCCGCCCGCGUGAGCCAGAGUGUCUGGGAUAGUGCGGCGGGUGGGUAUCAGGGCGUGGUGGUGCCGUUGCCUGGUGGGGGUGCGGGUGGCGGUGGGAGGAAGGGGAGGCGUGCGUAG